AUGGUGAAGGUUGGAGUAAACGGAUUUGGCUUCAUUGGGUACCUGGUCACCAGGGCUGCUUUUGACUCUGGCAAAGUGGAUGUUGUCGCCAUCAUUGAUCCCAUCACUGACCUCAACUACAUGCUUUAUAUGUUCCAGUAUGAUUCCACCCAUGGCAAGUUCAAUGGUAUUGUCAAGGCUGAGGAUAGGAAGCUGGCAUCAGAAGGGCCCCUCAAGGGCUUCCUGGGAUACACUGAAGACCAGGUUGUCUCCUGUGACUUUCAUAGUGACACCCACUUUUCCACCCUUGAUGCUGAGGUUGGCAUUGCCCUGAAGGACCACUUCGUCAAACUCAUUGCCUGGUAUGACAAUGAAUUUGGCUACACCAACCAGGUUUUCGACCUGAUAAUUCACAUGGCCUCCAAAGAAAAAGAGUCCCUGGACCCCCAGCCCCAACAAUAG